GCAGCAGCGGCGGCGGCGGCGCCUGCAGCCUCCGCGGACGCAGCAGCCCGAGGACUCCAUGAAGUCCGAGCGGCGCCUGCAGCCCAGUCCCGCCGAGCCCUCGCUUUUCUGAUGGAGGUCCCUCAAUGGGACCCCCUGAGAAAUGACUCCCUGCCACCCACCCUCACUCCAGCCGUCCCCCCCUACGUGAAGCUCGGCCUCACCAUCGUGUACACCAUCUUCUACUCGCUCCUCUUCGUGUUCAUCUACGUCCAGCUCUGGCUGGUCUUGCACUACGGGCACAAGCGCUUCAGCUACCAGACUGUCUUCCUCUUCCUCUGCCUCUUCUGGGCCUCCCUGCGGACCAUCCUCUUCUCCUUCUACUUCAAAGACUUCGUCGCGGCCAACUCCCUGAGCCCCUUCGUCUUCUGGUUGCUCUAUUGCUUUCCCGUGUGCCUCCAAUUCUUCACCUUGACCUUGAUGAACCUGUACUUCACGCAGGUGAUUUUCAAAGCAAAAUCAAAAUACUCUCCAGAAUUACUUAAAUACCGACUUCCCCUCUACCUGGCUUCCCUCUUCAUCAGCCUUCUUUUCCUGUUGGUAAAUUUAACCUGUGCAGUGCUUGUGAAAACAGAAAAUUGGGAGAGAAAGGUCAUCGUUUCAGUGCGAGUGGCCAUUAAUGACACCCUCUUUGUUCUCUGCGCCAUCUCACUUUCCAUCUGCCUCUACAAGAUUUCCAAGAUGUCCUUAGCCAAUAUAUACUUGGAAUCUAAGGGCUCAUCUGUGUGUCAAGUGACCACCAUCGGGGUGACAGUUAUCCUGCUUUAUGCAUCCAGAGCCUGUUACAACUUGUUCAUAUUAUCCUUUUCUCACAAUAAGAAUGUCCAUUCCUUUGAUUACGACUGGUACAACGUAUCAGACCAGGCAGAUCUGAAAAGUCAGCUUGGAGAUGCUGGAUAUGUAGUGUUUGGAGUGGUCCUUUUUGUGUGGGAGCUUCUGCCCACCACCUUAGUCGUUUACUUCUUCCGAGUUAGAAAUCCUACAAAGGACCUAACAAAUCCUGUAAUGGUCCCAAGCCAUGGAUUUAGUCCUAGAUCCUAUUUCUUUGACAACCCUCGAAGAUAUGACAGUGAUGAUGAUCUCGCUUGGAACAUUGCCCCUCAAGGGCUUCAGGGAAGCUUUGCGCCAGAUUACUAUGACUGGGGACAACAAACUAAUAGCUUCAUGGCACAAAUAGGAUCACUGCAACAAGAUUCUACAUUGGAUCCUGAUAAAUCCAGCAACGGAUAGCCUCUAUUAACAGUAUUAUAGCAUUUUACUCCAUGGUGAAAAGUUUCAGAAAAACAAACUUGGGGACAGCUGGAUGUUUAGGGCACUGUCACAUGAAAAAUAGGAUUUGACUUUGUUACUUGCUACAGGUUUCUGAUGGCUUCAGUGGGACUAAGCAAUAAUUUAGAUGGAUAAAACUUUAUUUUAGUUAGUACUAAAGAAAUGAGCCUGGUUAUUUCCCUAGGCAUAAUUUAAUUUUUUUUAUUUGUACUUUUACAGAAGACAUAUUUUAUAUAACUUAAGUGAUAAUGCUAAAGUAUAUUAAGGUUCUCUCCCAAGAAUUUGUUGAUGCAAUGUAUUUUUUAGUUUGCACAGAUAUUUUUAUGUAUAAUUCACUUUAAAAAUAUACAACAUAUAGUUUAAUGUGUCCUAUAUGGCUUGUUAUAGAUGCGUUUCUUAGAUUAUUAAAAUAUU